AUGUUUUUUCUAUUUAUAUAUUUUCUUUCUUGUUUACUUCCUUUCUUUUUUCUCGUUUUUAUUUUCUCUCGACGACCCACCCUCAGUCUGAGUGACAUUGUUUUUCCUUCUCUUUUCUGUUCCUCUUCCACCCCGCCUCGCAGCUUGGCUGUCCUUCGUCCUCUUUCUAUUCUUGAUUAUAUUAACGCCUCUCUUUCUUUCUUUCUUUCUUUCUUUCUUUCUUCUCUUCCGGGAGAACCCUGCGAGAAUCACCUUGGGGCCUCUCUUCUCCGCAUUCCCACUUAUUUCUCUUUGAUCUCAAACAUUAAACUCAGAUUUCGUUCUUUUAUUAAUAUGAUCGCAUUACCGAAUUAUAAGAGGACAAUUUUAUCGCUCUUUCAAAGACAAGUCAUUACUUCCUCCUCGUUAGAAGUCAUUACCUCCUCCUCGUUAGAAGUCAUUACUUCCUCCUCGUUAGAAGUCAUUACCUCCUCCUCCUUAGAAGUCAUUACUUCCUCCUCGUUAGAAGUCAUUACCUCCUCCUCCUUAGAAGUCAUUACCUCCUCCUCGUUAGAAGUCAUUACUUCCUCCUCGUUAGAAGUCAUUACUUCCUCCUCGUUAGAAGUCAUUACCUCCUCCUCGUUAGAAGUCAUUACAUCCACCUCCUUAGAAGUCAUUACAUCCUCCUCCUUAGAAGUCAUUACUUCCUCCUCGUUAGAAGUCAUUACCUCCUCCUCGUUAGAAGUCAUUACCUCCUCCUCGUUAGAAGUCAUUACUGCCUCCUCGUUAGAAGUCAUUACCUCCUCCUCGUUAGAAGUCAUUACCUCCUCCUCGUUAGAAGUCAUUACCUCCUCCUCCUUAGAAGUCAUUACCUCCUCCUCAAGACAUUACUUCUUCCUCGUUAAAUGUAUUACCUCCUCCUCUUUAGAAGUUAUUAUCUCCGCCUCCUUAGAAUUCAUUACAUCCUCCUCCUUACUAGUAAUUACAGCAUCCUCCUUAGAAAUCAUUACCUCUCCCUGCUUGGAAGUACUUAGCUCCUCCUCCUUAGAAGUCAUUGCCUCCUCCUCCUUAGAAGUCAUUACCUCCACCUCAUUAGAAGUCAUUACCGCUUCCUCGUUAGAAGUCAUUUGCUCCACCUCGAUAGACGUCAUUACUUCCCACUCCUUAGAAGUCAUUAUCUCCUCCUCGUUAGAUGCCAUUACCUGCUACUCGUAA